AUGGAUGGUCGCUACGGCCUGAGACAGUCACGAGCCGAUCUCAUCUCGGAGGAGCCCGCAGCCUACGAUGAACCAAGUGUAUAUCAUGAUAUACCACACUAUCGGAGUGCACAUCAUGAUCUGGCAGGUGUAGGCACCGCUUUUGACAGAAGUUCGACCACUGUGUCGGAAGCAGCCCAUCGGGGAACUAGGGCGUCGGCAAGACGUGAGCCAGAGAACGACAAACUUUCUUGUCCGUUUCGCAAACGUGAUCCGGCAAGAUUCAAUAUUCGACAGUAUCAAAAUUGUGCAUCAAGUGGCUUUAGUGAUCUAGCAACACUCAAGCGCCAUAUAAGGGUCUACCAUCGACGUCAACAGCUUCCCUUCAAGUGUUUCCGGUGUGCUAAGGGCUUUGAGAACCAAAAUGAGCUUGUCGACCACAUGCGAGCACCCCCGGAUCAGAUUUGCAGCAUCGUGGAUUAUCAGUCGUCGGAAAACCCUGAAGACGGCAUCACCGACGAGGUUGACAUGCUACUCGCCGAACGCAAGAGUGGCCUCAAGGUUAAUUCCUGGGAAGGCCUUUGGAAAGUCUUAUUCCCCAAUGACACGCACAUCCCCUCACCUGAGUUCGUCAACCCAAAGGUCGUGGAAAUUUCCGAAGUAAUCAACGCAGUUGAGGGGUUCAAUCCUGAGAAUAUACUACAGUUUGAUAUCAAUGACCAUACGUCUGCACCAAGCGAACAGCCGUAUCACAUACCACAGCUGCUGCCCGGGUUCAUCACCCACCUAAGAACUGAGCUAGAAGACGUCUGCGAGGGCGACUACUGGGGGAUGCAGCAGUAUGGUUCCUUGGGGUUUGUACCUAGCUAUGGGUCACAACCCGAAUCAGGUGGAGAUCUCUACCAGGGAAAUUAUCAGGGAAAUGCCUACCAUAUGUACACACCCGGCUUAUCUUCCCCGGUGUUGAAUGAAGAAGGAGACAACGCGCUACCCUUGCCGCAGCUGCGACAAAUCAUUCAUGAGGAGCAAAGACUUAAGUCGACAUCUCAGCUCAGUGCACACUGGCUAUGA